GGUAUGUAUAUAGGUGUGCAUAAAGCACAGUAAUGGUUCCUCGUGUCGAAAUACAUGAGCACGAAAAGGUCGGUACAAACAUGGCUACUGAUUCUUGAUAUACACAUAAACAUAAACAAUCAAUCACGUUCCAAUUUUUUGAUCUCUGAAUCUGAGCCACAGAGGCAGUGCUUUAACCUUUAAAGUUGCCCCCUUUUACCCCCCUCUACUCCUUAAUUUCCAUUUAUAAGAUCUAGCUAGGGUUAGGGUUAUCCUUCGUCCACUAAUAACCACCGACAUAUAUGUCUGUUAUUGUUUUCAAGGCUCUGCCCUAAUCUAGAAAGAAUUCAACUUGUUGGGGCAAUCAAGCAUGAAAAAGCGGCAAGUGGUGAUGGUGAGAAGAGAUGCUUCUGCUUCGGAUAAUAAUAACAAUAAUAAUAAUAAUGUUGUUAAGUACGGAGAGUGUUUGAAGAAUCAUGCUGCCAAUAGCGGAGGAUAUGCCGUGGAUGGUUGCAGAGAGUUCAUGGCUAGCGCCGCCGAGGGAACCACCGGGGCUCUUACCUGCGCCGCUUGUGGCUGCCAUAGAAACUUCCAUAGAAGAAAGGAACUAGCUGCACCAUCCAGAGACUUAACUUUUAAAGCAGUUAUUAAUCAUUGACUCAAUAUCAGAGACUUUAAGUUAUGAGAAAACGAUCGAUCAACAACUUGAUCCUUUAUCCCAAUUCCCAAAUAAAGUAGACAAUUUAGGGUAUGGCUAAAAUAGAUCUACACAUUAAUUCAAGCUUUAAAUUUUCUUAUAUAUGUAUGUAUAUUUGUCUUGGUAUCAUAGUUAACCGGUCCUGCUUUCAUAUUAAUUAAUUGUAGCAGAGACCUAUAUGUUCAGAUCUAAAACUCUUAUUAGUAACCACUCUUAUGAAGACAAAUUUUAGCCGAGUAUUAUUAUAUAAUU